ACACUCGGGAUCCAAGCAUGCCACAACAGCGGCGGCUAGGUAUCCGCCUCUCCUCCCCCAAAGUCACCGCAGGCGCAGCAGCAGCAGCAGCAGAAGGCUUCCCCGGUCCGCGACAGCUCCGAGCCUCCUCCACCGAGUGAUGCCACUGCUGCAGCGGGAGGAGCGCCCAGCUGAAACCGCGUUCACUGUCGACGCCUGCCGGAGGACCCGACAGCACCACCAUCUCGGCCUUUGACAGAAGAAAACAGAGCAUCCCCUCCUCCCCCCCUUCCCACUUCCCCUCACUCCCCCUAACACCCCCCCCCACUCCAUCGGCUCAGCUCCCGUCCCGACUCCAGGAUGUCCGACAGCAGCGCAAGUCCGACGGACCGGGUGAUCAAAUCGGUCCCCUUCCCCCUGGCCCACCGGCUGACCAUGAAGGAGGUGUUCGACUCGGAGGGCCGUCCGCGGGUGGACCUGCUCAAAGCUCACCUCACAAAGGAGGGCCGGCUGGAGGAGGCCGUGGCCCUGCGCAUCAUCGAUGAGGGCGCCGCCAUCCUGCGCCAGGAGCGCACUAUGUUGGAUAUUGAGGCGCCAGUCACGGUGUGUGGAGAUAUCCAUGGCCAGUUCUUCGACCUGAUGAAGCUAUUUGAAGUGGGAGGCUCUCCUGCCAACACACGCUACCUCUUCCUUGGGGACUAUGUGGACAGGGGCUACUUCAGUAUUGAGUGUGUGCUCUACCUGUGGUCACUGAAAAUCCUCUACCCAAAGACGCUCUUUCUUCUACGAGGAAACCAUGAAUGUAGACAUCUGACAGAAUAUUUUACCUUCAAACAAGAAUGUAAGAUCAAGUACUCAGAACAGGUGUACGAUUCCUGCAUGGAGGCGUUCGACUGCCUUCCCCUGGCGGCGCUGAUGAACCAGCAGUUUCUCUGUGUCCAUGGGGGGCUUUCACCCGAAAUCCACACAUUGGACGACAUCAAGAAGUUGGACCGAUUCAAGGAGCCCCCAGCGUUUGGGCCCAUGUGCGACCUGCUGUGGUCGGACCCCCUGGAAGACUUUGGCAACGAGAAGACCCAGGAGUAUUUUGGCCACAACACAGUCAGAGGAUGCUCCUACUUCUACAGUUAUCCUGCAGUGUGUGAGUUCCUACAGACCAACAACCUGCUGUCCAUCAUCAGAGCGCAUGAAGCUCAGGAUGCCGGAUAUCGCAUGUACAGGAAGAGUCAGACGACGGGCUUCCCCUCCCUCAUCACCAUCUUCUCUGCGCCCAACUACCUGGACGUCUACAACAACAAAGCUGCGGUGUUAAAGUACGAGAACAAUGUGAUGAACAUCCGUCAGUUCAACUGCUCUCCACAUCCCUACUGGCUGCCCAACUUCAUGGACGUCUUCACGUGGUCGCUGCCUUUCGUAGGAGAAAAAGUGACAGAGAUGCUGGUCAACGUUUUGAGUAUCUGCUCAGAUGAUGAACUCAUGAACGACGGAGAGGAAAUCUAUGACGCCAGUGCAGCCGCAGCCAGGAAAGAGGUUAUCAAAAACAAGAUCCGGGCCAUCGGGAAGAUGGCUAAAAUGUUCUCUGUGUUACGAGAGGAGAGUGAGAACGUUCUGACCCUGAAGGGGCUGACUCCUACCGGCAUGCUGCCCAGUGGGGUCCUGUCCGGGGGCAAGCAGACCCUGCAAAGUGCUACCAUUGAGGCCAUUGAAGCUAUCGAGACAGUUAAGGACGCUGAAGCCAUCCGAGGCUUCUCUCCGCAGCACCGGAUCAGCAGCUUUGAGGAGGCCAAAGGCCUGGACCGCAUCAACGAGAGGAUGCCGCCUCGACGCGACGCCGUCAAUAGCGUGGGGCUGUCGAUGGGCCGCAUGAACAUGGGCGAGCCCAACGGCACCGACAACAACAGCAAUAUCCAGUGAUCAACCGAAAAACAGAAAAACAACCCCGCUCCCACCUGCCUGCAGUCUCUAAAGUGAUACCAUAUUUACCCAGUCGUGUACAUAGGCAUAUAAACAGUAGAAACACACACACACACUCAUUACACUACACACACACAUACGCACACACCCCCACACACACACACACGAGAUUAAAUACCCCCUCCCCUCGUUGCCCUCAGCUGUUAUUUAGCCGGACUACCGCAGAGAGGCUAAGGGUCUUUUCUGAGCCCGGUUCUUCAGAACUAACCCUGACCCCUGACCCCUGUACCUGCACAACAACAACAACAACAACAACAACAGGAGACGACCUCCGAGAGCAGACCAGGACUCUGAGGAGAGCUGCUGCCGUUUGCCGUGUGUUUGUGGGGAACCGCCGGGGGUGGUGGUGUGUGACGGUGUUGUGCCUGCGUCAGUCGGUGUGUGUGUGUGACGUUUGGGGGGAGGGUGGGUGUGGAUCCAGCUGAUGGUGGGAGGGUGUGGGGGGACAGGAAGCGACCAGGGCUGGAAAAUUAUUUCAAAUGUUCGAUUUUCUUUUGGGAGUUUUUCUGCGCACACACACACACGCUUCAACUCCGUAGGAGUUCGUCUGAGAGAGUCGACGCCCGGCAAGGUGACCUCAGCCGCAGUCUAAUCUGAGCCCUCGCUUUUCUUCUUCUUCUGUUUGCUUUUGUAGCUCUGCACCAUAUCCACUCUCCACUUACAGAGCCAGGUGGAGGAUUCCCCACCCAAAGCGCUUCGUCCAGACCUCUGGUCCCCUUCCAUGUUGACUCUCGAGGAAGGCUUGAAAACCAGCCCUCGCCCCGUGCCCUCCUUAUCUGUUGCAUGUAAAUACAUAGAGGUUUUAUCACAGGGUGCAAGACGCAGUAUAGUAGAAGAAGAAUGCUUUAUAUAUAUGUGUGUGUGUGUGUGUGCGUGUGCGUGUGUGUGUGUGUGUGUGUGUGUGUGUGUGUGUGUGUGAGAGAGAGGGAGGGAUUAAAAUGUGAAGCUCUUCAUCCUCUUCUGGGUCCUCCUUUCUUCGUGUCUGGCCGCCGGUCGCCGGCCUUCGAAGAGGGAAACUAUCGUUCGGAGGAAACGGACUCUUCUGGCGAAGGAAGGCGGCCAAAGCAGCAAGAAGAAGCCAAGAGGAUUAAGGUCUUUGUAAAGCAUUUAUAUUAACGCAUCAGUGCAUGCAAAAGUUAAGUUCUUUGAUAAUAAUGUGAAGAUUAUAUUUGUGCUACGUGUUUUUCGCUAUGGUAGGACUUUUUUUUUUUUUUCUUCUGUUUUUUUCUGGCUAAUA